AUCAGUCAUAUCACUCAGACCCAGGCAGACGGGGGAGACGGUCCGGGCACUUAAAGAGAAAAUAGGUUACUGGCUGAAAAACAAAAAGCAUAACUCAGUUGUACUUUGUUAUCGGAGGAAAACGUUUAAAUAGUGUAAGUUAAUGAAUGUUUGACUUAAUAUAGUGUUUAAGUUAAAGGCUGGUAGGACAAGGACAGAGUUGUUUGGACGUUGUGGAAGUUUUUGGGAUUUCUGACAUUUGCCCCGGUGCCAUGAAUGGACAAAGUUUUCGGUCAUGCGACCAAAUCUUGAUAGCACUUCUGCUGAUGACUGUCCCAGUUGUACAAAGCGGGAAGGUUCUUGUCUUUCCAGUGGAUGGGAGUCAUUGGGUCAACAUGAACAUUUUGGUGGAAGCACUUCAUGCCAAAGGUCACAAUAUUACUGUCAUCCGGAUGUCAGACAGCUGGUACAUUAAAGAAUUCUCACCUCACUACACAUCAGUAACGAUAAAUUCUCCUGGAGGAUUCGAUGAAGAAUUCUACGAGACAUUUGCAUUCAGACUUAUGAAAAUUCUGAGGGAGGGUUCCAUCUGGGCUCGUCUGAAGCUGGAGAUAGAGAUGUGGCAAAGUACUUUUGAGUUGAUCAAAACAGAAAGUGAGAUGAUCAACAGUAUGAUGGAAGACAGGCAGCUAAUGCAGUCCUUUAGGGAUGCCAAGUAUGAUUUGCUCCUUACAGAUCCACUCUUGUUUGGAGGCGUUCUUUUGGGCCACUUUCUGAAACUGCCCAUUGUUUACAACAUCCGUUGGACGAUGUAUAGUGAAGCUCAUUUUGCGAUAGCUCCUUCUCCACUGUCUUAUGUUCCUUUUCCAAUGGUGGAGUUAUCAGAUCGCAUGAGCUUUUUUCAAAGAGUGAAGAAUGUAGUGAUGUACACUGUAGCUGAAGCUCAAGGUGCUUUACUCUUUGCUCCACAUUAUGAUGCACUUUGCGAACGGUUCAUCGGCCCAGGAGUGUCCUUCCUCACCUUAGUUCAGAGUGCUGAUCUGUGGCUCCAUAGAGUUGAUUUUAUUUUUGAAUUCCCACGUCCCACUAUGCCAAACAUCGUCUACAUGGGAGGCUUUCAGUGCAAGCCAUCUAAGCCUCUCCCACAAGAUCUGGAGGACUUUGUGCAGAGCUCUGGUGACCAUGGUGUCAUCAUUAUGUCCCUGGGAACUCUCAUUGGUCAACUUCCCGAUGAUGUGGCUGAGGCAAUUGCUGAAGCUUUUGCAGAACUUCCACAGAAGAUCAUCUGGAGGUACAAAGGAAAGAGACCUUCUGCACUAGGAAACAACACCUUACUGAUGGACUGGAUGCCUCAGAAUGAUCUUCUGGGUCAUCCUAAAACCAGAGCCUUUGUGGCACAUGGAGGUACCAAUGGAAUUCAAGAAGCCAUUUACCAUGGGGUACCAAUCAUUGGAUUUGGGCUGAUUUUUGACCAGCCUGAUAAUCUUGCAAAAAUGAGAGUAAGGGGUGUUGCCAAGAAUGUAGACUUUGCCACAGUGGAUAAGGACGCCUUCCUUAAAACUGUCAAAGAGGUCCUUUACGAUCCCUCUUAUCGGGAAAACAUGCAGAGGCUCUCAAGGCUUCACAAGGACGUCCCAGUGAAACCUCUCGACAAUGCCAUCUUCUGGACUGAGUUUGUUAUGAGGCACAAAGGUGCCGCUCACUUGCGCUCAGAGUCUUACACAAUGCCCUGGUACUCUUAUCACUCUGUCGAUAUCAUACUGCUCCUGCUUUCUGCUGUGUCACUCAUAAUACUGACCAUAUAUGCAGUCAUCCGAUAUUUCUGCUGCAGAAAAUAUUUUAGAAAAACAAAAAACAAACUUGAAUGAUUUUUUAUUUAUUUUUUUAAUUUACAUUUUUUAUUUGGGUAAUAAGCAACUUCAGGUUAGGUAUUUUCUGUAUAUUAAUGAACAAAAAGUCAAUAUGAUAUCCAUUUCAAAUUGUGAUCUAUAGAUGUUCAUUUAUUGGUUUGUGCACUUGUUUUUAUUUGUAUGUUUUAUUUGUGUUAUCAAAAAUGAAUUGUUAUGUCAGGUCUAUCAUGGUUUUCAAUUAUGUCAGCUUAUGUGAUAUUGUAUUGAUAUGUCCCUGUAUCCCUUGAAACAGAGUGCAGGGCUGAAAAUAUUCCCCUAAGAAAUGAGACGCCACUACUACACUGUUACACGUCAUCGCCGAUGUUUAUCACAAACUCAGACGUGUGUUAAAAGUUACCUGCCACCGGACUAGUAUUUAUGUUGUCAAAUCAGUGGGUAUCAAUAAAAUAUGUUGUGGUA